CGGUCAUUCAUAUUGCGGUAUCAGAACCACAUUGCCGGUCUUUAAUAAACAAAACUUCACUAUACAGAUACUAAGGCGCGUGACAAAAUAUAAAAGAAUAAUAGAGUGUGUGAAGGAAGAUAUGCAUUAUAUUUAUGUCAUUAAAUUUACUCUUAUUUUUUGAAUUAUAGUAUCUAAUAUUAUAGUAAAAUGUCAGAAGCAGGAGAUAAAGUGUUAUGCGUUGGAUUAUGUUGUUUAGAUAUCGUUAUGUUUUGCAAAUCAUAUCCGCUAGAAGAUAGCGAUCAAAGGUGUCUGUACCAUAGAUGGCAACGUGGUGGAAAUGCUUCAAACAAUUGUACCAUAUUUGCAGAAUUUAAGUUCCCAUGCGAAAUCUUAGGAACACUGAGUAAUGAUAUUGGAGGGCAAUUUAUGAAAAAGAAUUUCAAGGAAUAUGGUAUACCUAUUGAUAACUGUCGAGUUUAUGAAGAAUAUGAAAGCCCUAUUUCAACAAUUUGGAUCAAUCUUCAGAAUGGGUCUAGGACUAUUGUACAUUCAAAUAAAAACAUGCCAGAGGUUUCUUUUGACAAUUUUAAAAAUUUGAAUCUGCGUAACUACUCAUGGAUACAUUUCGAGUGCCGCCCCCAAUAUGAUGAAAUGAAAAAAAUGAUUCAGUUCAUAAGAAACUAUAAUUCAAAGAAUGAAGAACAUUCUAUAACAAUUUCAAUUGAGAUUGAAAAACCAAAUUACAAAUUGUUGGAACUUGUCGACCUUGGAGAUAUAGUAUUCAUUUCAAAAGAUUUUGCAUCUGCAUGUGGCUUUUCUUGUAUGUUAUCAGCCGUUGAAAAUUUAAGUUCCAAAUUGGGACCUAGAGCUACUGUUAUAUGUGCCUGGGGUGACCAAGGAGCCUGCGCUAAAACAGUCGAUGGAGAAGUAGUAUCGAGUGGGGCAUUUCCACCACCUGAGAUUGUAUGUACUCUUGGAGCAGGUGAUACUUUUGUGGCUGCCACCAUCAUGGCUUUGUGUAGAAAGAAAAGUUUAGCUGAGGCUAUUAAAAUUGGUUGUCAAGUUGCUGGAGCAAGAUGUGGAAUGUCAGAUUCGAAAGGUCUGGGCAAAUUAUUUCCAUCUUUAUUCCAAGAGAAGCUAGAGGAAUUUGAAAUAUUUAAAGAAAAGCUUACUGAUUAAAUUUUCUUCAUUCUUUUAUUCAAGUCUGUUUAUACCAACAAGGGAGGGAAAAACUUUUAAAAAAUUUUUUUGAAAAAGUGAUAGAUUUAAAGAAUUAAAAAUUGAAGUUAUUUUAAAACUUUUAUAGGAAACUUAUUUAUAAAUUGAAACAGGCUAUGGUUAUUAAAUAUUAAUCCAAGGCAAGAUCAUUUAGUGUUCUGUUGUCUUUUUUAUGACAAUAUAUAUGUACUUUUUGCAAUAUAGCUCGGAAAAUCGCCCUACUAUUGAAUCAAUUUCUACUUAAUUCAGUUCGUAUAAAAAAAAUUGUAGAAGGAUUUUUGAAAAAAAUCAUAUUUGAAUUUGUUUAUUGCAAUUAUUAAUCAUCUUUCUAUCUAUUUUUAUUACUCAUAUCAUUUGAUAUCAUUAAAUUAAUUCUUGUGAAGCUUGAUAUUAGUUCUAAGCUUUACUGUUCCCACGUGUUUAAGCAAUGCAAAUGUGCAUGUUUUUUACAAUGCUCAUUAAACCCAAUGGGAAAUAAAAUCAGUGCAAAAUUACAUUGUAAUUCAUUGUAUUUUUAUUGUGAUAUAUAUCACAAGAAAUGUAAUCAAUGUGGAUUCAUGUUGUAGGUUGUAUGAUUCAUUUUGCGGCAGAUUAUAUAUUUGGAUAUUUCCAAAAUUAUUUGAGUUGCUUUUGACACCUAUAUUUCUUUACUGUAAUUUUUUUACUUGAUUGUUAAAUAUUGCAUUUUGAGUUCAUGUAACCAAUUGUAAGCACAUGCUUUUUAAAAAUUUUAAUUUGAAGAAAAACAUUAGCAGCAAAUAAACACAUUUACCUUAUGUUUUGCCACAAAGUUUAAAAUAUCCUUUUUCCAUCAUAAAAAUUUUGUAAAAAUUUAUUUAAAAUAUUAUUUUAUAUUAUGUACAAUAAAUAUUCAUAGAAUUGAAAAAUGUUUCCCCCGAAGUUAAAACCAACAUUUAACUGUAGAAAAUUAUAUUGCAAUAUUAUAUAAAAUUAUAGAGAGUUUUAAUUUGUAAUUUAUUUCUUUUUUAAAUGAUAUUUAAAUUUUUUGAAGAUGCAGUGUUAAAUUGCUUUAUAUUUUUCUGCGUAUGCCUGCGCAUUUUGAAAUAGGAUUUCAUGAUUGUGGAAUAUGAAAAUUAUAUCAACAAAUUAAGACUACUGAUGAUGCAGUUUUAUUUAUGCUGAUUUGAUUGAAUUUUUGGAAAAAGUGUGCUGCAACUGUUAUGGGAUGCAAACAAUCAAGCGUAGAAUUUUCCUUUUUUAUAUUUGAACAGAAGAAAAAUUUUAAUGAAAUUAUCAACUUUUAUGUUUCUUGUUUAUAUUUGCUAUGAUAUAUUUUUCUGUAAUUUGUGAUAAUUUUAUCUAAUCAAAUACAUGAAAUAAAAAU